AUGGAGGAGAUAGAGCUGGUGAACGAUGGCUCGGGCCUGGGCUUUGGGAUCGUUGGAGGCAAGACCACUGGGGUGGUGGUGAGGACUCUGGUUCCGAACAGUGUGGCUGACAAGGUACAAUACUGGUCAUUACUUACACUCAAACAAUCAAAGCUAAUAUACAGAGCAGUCUGCUAUGACAGGAACCUGGGUUGUGUUCAUUAGGCACUAAACAAGAAAACGGUCUGAAAUGGAGUGAAACAGGGAGGUGCGAUCUGAACUUGUCCAAUAAGGCAGGGGUUUUCAAACUUUUCUUGACCAGGGACCCGUGCCCAGGCAAACUGCCGACCCAGGGACCCCCAUCGUAUGUUAGCAAAAAAUAAUCACGUCUUAUCAGGUGAAUGAUAAUGGCAAGUAGAAGUAAUCAACAUUUUAAAAUGAAUAGAUUUGGUAGGCUGUUUCAUUAUGAAACAGUCUACCACAGUUCAUUGGAAGAGGAAGUGUAAACUCUAACAUAGUCUAUUACCUAGAAGGGUAAUGGUAUCUUGGCGGCGUAGAGAAAAUGUUGCUGUUGUAAACACAUUUUCUGCAAUAUUUAUUUAUUUUUAGCUGAGAGAAAAUUGAGCAGUUUUGAAGCUCAUUUCCAGAAAUUCUAUAUAGUUUAGCAUGGAACUGAGCGACUAGUUUGCAGUCUUAAAGCUAAUUUUCUGCAAUUCUAUGCAUUUUGCCAUGGCUAAUGCUGUGUUCAUCUGCUCAAACAUUGUAACAAUCAAUGGGCAUGUGCCCUGAAUGCCGGUGUUUUUUUUCUUCUAUUCUGCCUGACUGUCUAGCUUUUAUUUGGUUCUGAGUUCUUCUCAAGAUGGUAUUAUUAAAACAUAUACAGUACCAGUCAAAAGUUUGGACACACCUACUCAUUCAAGGGUUUUAAUUUAUUUUUUUACUAUUUUCUACAUCAUAGAAUAAUAGUGAAGACCUCAAAACUACGAAAUAACACAUAUGGAAUCAUGUAGUGUUAAACAAAUCAAAAUAUAUUUUAUAUUCUUCAAAGUAGCCACCCUUUGCCUUUUUUAUUUAAUUUAUUUUUUUAACCUUUAUUUAACUAGGCAAGUCAGUUAAGAACAAUUUCUUAUAUACAAUGACAGCCUACACCUGCCUUGAUGACAGCUUUGCAUACUCUUGGCAUUCUCUCAACCAGCUUCACCUGGAAUGCUUUUCCAACAGUCUUGAAGGAGUUCCCACAUAUGCUGAGCACUUGUUGGCUGCUUUUCCUUCGCUCUGCGGUCCGACUCAUCCCAAACCAUCUCAAUUGGGUUGAGGUCAGGUGAUUGUGGAGGCCAGGUCAACUGAUGCAGCACUCCAUCACUCUCCUUCUUGGUCAAAUAGCCCUUACACAGCCUGGAGGUGUUUUGGGUCAUUGUCCAGUUGAAAAACAAAUGAUAGUCCCACUAAGCGCAAACCAGUUGGGAUGGCGUGUCGCUGCAGAAAGCUGUGGUAGCCAUGCUGGUUAAGUGUGCCUUGAAUUCUAAAUAAAUCACUGACCUUGUCACCAUGCUUCACGGUGGGAACCACACAUGCAGAGAUCAUCCGUUCACCUAAUCUGAUUUAAAAUGAGUGGUCACUAGCUUAACGUAACACCACAUUUUUACGAUAUAGCCAAUUUUGACUUUGCAGCUGGCCCAUCUAGUGGAAACCGCUCAGUUCUGCCCCCAGGGCAAGACUCGUGACAAUAAACGUCAAGAAGCGAGUCGCAUGAACAGGAACAGCUAGCAUGCUAACUGUUCCUGUAGACUUCCAGGAACCUAGUCCAGUCAUUGCGCUAAUGCUAGUUAGCACUGGCUUGAAACUACCUCUAACAUCCUUCAUACUGGACACAGAGACAUAAAAAUGGUAUCCACAAUGGUAUUCUGUUGCAGCUAGCGAUAUUCAUAAAAUAUUUGUUUUCACACACAAAAUAAAAACUAAAACAUUUACGGACCCCCUGCAGUACCUCCGCGGACUGUUUUGAAAACCCCUACAAUAAGAAACGCCUGUUUUUGUUUUCCAUUGUAUAACAUUUUUUUAAUGUUUUGCUACGGUGUGCCCUAAUGAACACGACCCUGAAGUUACGCACAUUUAACAUGGAUCAUUACCUGACAUCCCACAGAACAAAUAUUGCCCACAUGAAUAGACACUGUCUGUUUUGUCUCUUGUCAUGAGAUGUCAGUUUUAGCUGUAGGCUUUCUUUGGUUUACUCAUACUUAGUUAUGUCAGUGGUCAAUAUUGUUUGCUUUUUCUCAAACAUUAAAGAAAUGUAUCCGUAAAUGGAUUUGUUGUUAACAGCGUUAGUCUUGAAAGAUAUUAAAUAAAGAUCAUUUUAGAAGACGAUUAAGAUGUAGGCUGUGACCGUUUUCCACAACAUUCCUCAGCAGUAGGCCUACUAAACCAUUACAUACUCAGGGCUUCACUUUAAACAGCUUCCUUCUCUCUCUUCCUCCUGAUCCUUUGGUAACAGACCAGUUAUCCCCAAUGAAUAGUAACCACCAGUUUAGCUGAAUUAAUGCUGAGCGCGUUCCACAAAGGGCUCAGUUACAUAUAAUAGCCAUUGAGCUGGAGGGGAAAAAAUGAUCACCUUGUAAGGGGAUUACAUCCUGGCUACACAGAGCACGCUAGGCCCGCGUCCGGCUCGAAGGACCGCGCCCAAAGUCCCUGACACAGCCCAUUUACAAGCAGUCCCUUUCUUUUCUUUUCCCACUCAACACUUUGCUUUUUUCCUUUCUGUUGUGAGCUUUGGGGUGUAUUCAGUUAUUCAGAUAGUUAACAUGGGAACAUGUAAAAAAAAAAAAAGCUGUCAAUGUCGGUUUUAACCUUUAAAAAAAAAGUGUUAUCCAAGAGGGAUCAGGAUUUAAAAAACCCUGUCCCUUGUUUCUGAAACCCCCUCGCACCACUCCUCUUUCUCUCUUUUUCUUUAUUUCUCUCCUCUUUAUUUUUUCUCUCUCUCGCUCUCUACCCCUCCCUCCUUUUUGCUCUCUCUCUCACUCUGUCUACCCCUCCCUUUCUCUCUCUUUCUCUGAAUGUCCAAGAGAGCCCAGGCUGGGCAACAAAACCCUGCUUGUUCAAAAGGCACAGUGCAGCAUUUCACACAUCACUGGAUCUUAUGCUCCAAAAAAGCUGUCAAAACUGGGGCUUUGUUAGACCCUGGCGUUUCCCAUUUCAAUGUUUAAUGGCCAGGGCUGGCUUCAAUGCACCCCCGUUGUCCCGUGCACAGAUCCAGGGAGAGAAUUUGGGGAGAUUUCCUGCACCAAGUUUAUGCAUCAAACACUUUUCAUCUCUCUUUCCACAAAGGCAGCCAUUCUCCCCUCUCUUUGUGGAGCAUCAUUUUUUUUUCUAUCUCCUCAUUUUCCCUUUCUGAGUUUAUUCUGCUUGACCUGUGAGUCGGUGUAUACAAUUCCUAGCUUAGUACCGCGGGCCAGGCCCAGACCAGGGCUUAGUACCGCGGGCCAGGCCCAGACCAGGGCUUAGUACCGCGGGCCAGGCCCAGACCAGGGCUUAGUACCGCAGGCCAGGCCCAGACCAGGGCUUAGUACCGCGGGCCAGGCCCAGACCAGGGCUUAGUACCGCGGGCCAGGCCCAGACCAGGGCUUAGUACCGCGGGCCAGGCCCAGACCAGGGCUUAGUACCGCGGGCCAGGCCCAGACCAGGGUGGGUCUAGCCUAUUCAAGUGGGAUGUAAAAUGCAUUGGACCACAUUGGCUGAAAUUAUCAGAUGGUCCAACUAAGCUAAAUGUUGAUUAUGAGCAGAUUUUUUGGGUAGUUCUUUCAUGUACUAGCAAACAAUAACAUUCUGUAAGAAAUUAUGUAAAAUACUGUUAUUGCUAGACCCUGAACUUAACUAUAAUGCAUUGUGUGUUAUCCAUAUUUCAAGUUAGUUAAAAUUGUAACGUUGUCCUCUCCUCCUCCCUCUACUCUCCCCCUCCCUCUACUCUCCCCUCUCCCCCUCCCUCUACUCUCCUCUCUCCCCCCUAUAGGACGGGCGCCUGCGUACGGGUGACCACAUCCUGGGUAUUGGUGAGACCCCAACGGGUGGCCUGUCUAGCGACCAGGUGGUCAAGGUGCUGCAGGGCUGCGGGAGCCACGUACGCAUGCUCAUCGCCCGUGACCCCUCGGGACAGCCCUCCACCCCCCUCCCCCCGCCCCCUCCCCCGCCCGCCUCCGGCCCCGUCUCUGCCUUACCCGCUGGAGUCGGACCCCAGCGCAGGGUCAGCAGGACGGUGAGUGAGACAGGAUGUUGGGGAACGCGCACAUGCAUAUAUACACACACACCUAACCAUGCACAGACCUACUGUUCCUUCUGCCUCUCUAUGCACGCACACACACACACACACACACACACACACCUAGACAUGCACACACCUUCUCCUGUUACCCCUGCCCCUCUACUGCCCUACAUGUUGUGGUGAAUAUGUCCAUAACAUUAGGACGUCAGUACAUGUACAGGGUAUCUCUAUAUCUUCCCUGUGUUUUCCAGCCCAACCUGGAGGGUUAUGAGAUCCAUGAAGUGCCUCUGAGGAAGAAGGAGGGCCAGAGCCUGGGGAUCACUAUCAUCGGAUACAACGCCUUAACCUGUGACGGUAGGCCGAUGCCCAAUACCAUGUCAAUUCUUAGCUCACUAGCCCUUUACCCUUAACCCAUGCCCCUAAUCCUAGUCCCCUAGCCCCUUACCCUUAACCCAUGCCCCUAAUCCUAGUCCCCUAGCUCCUUACCCUUAACCCAUGCCCCUAAUCCUAGUCCCCUAGCUCCUUACCCUUAACCCAGGCCCCUAAUCCUAGUCCUCUAGCUCCUUACCCUUAACCCAGGCCCCUAAUCCUAGUCCCCUAGCCUCUUACCCUUAACCCAGGCCCCUAAUCCUAGUCCCCUAGCCUCUUACCCUUAACCCAUGCCCCUAAUCCUAGUCCCCUAGCUCCUUACUCUUAACCCAUGCCCUUAAUCCUAGCCCCUUACCGUUAACCCAGACCCUUAACACAGGCCCCUAAUCCUAGUCCCCUAGCCCUUUACCCUUAACCCAGGUCCUAAUCCUAGCCCCUAACUCUUAACCCAGGCCCCUAAACCUAGCCGCUAACCCAGGCCCCUAAUCCUAGUCCCCUAAUCCUAGCCCCUAACCCUUAACCCAGGCCCCUAAUCCUAGUCCCCUAGCCGCUAACCCAGGCCCCUAAUCCUGGUCCCGUAGCCCCUAUUUGUACUCAGAUCCAGUAUUAUUGACACUGUUUGAGAUGUAUUGUUUUGAUGGUGUCUUGUCCCUCUAUUCCCCUCUCCUUGGUUUUGCGCGCUCUCUCCUAACUCUACCCCCGUUCUUUCUAUCUCUCCUACUCUACCCCCCGUUCUUUCUAUCUCCCUACUCUACCCCCCGUUCUUUCUAUCUCUCUACUCUAUACCCCCCGUUCUUUCUAUCUCUCCUAUACUCUACCCCCCGUUCUUUCUAUCUCUCCUACUCUACCCCCCGUUCUUUCUAUCUCUCCUAAUCUACCCCCCGUUCUUUCUAUCUCUCCUACUCUACCCCCCGUUCUUUCUCUCUCUAUCUCUCCUACUCUACCCCCCCCGUUCUUUCUCUCUCUGCCCCCUUUCGCUCUCCUUUUUACUUUCUACCCCCCUUUCUCUCUCUAUUUUGCAUUCUUUCCCUCUGUCUGUCUUUGCCCCCCCCCCCCCCCCCCCUCCCCUCUCUCUCUCCUAGACGCGGUUGGGGUGUUUGUGAAGAACGUGGUUCCUGGGAGUGCCGCUGAGCAGAGUGGAAACAUCCGGAUCUAUGACAGGAUCAUGGCGGUGAGACAAUUCAUCAGCUUAGAGAGAGAGAGAGAGAGAGAGAGAGAGACCCCUGCCACCCCCUCCUCAUACACCUCAUGGAUCACUAUGGCAUCCUAAAGAGAGAGAGACUUGCUUAUCCCAACACAGCACUUACACCUCAUUUAGCUAACCACAGUCUUGGUCAUUUACAUUUAUUAAAGCUGACUCAUAUUUGGUAGUGAAUGGCUGGGACAAAAGCCUGCACACACUGCCCAUGUCAUCACACUAUAACACAACUAUAUUGGGUCUUCAUUGUCAGGUCAGGCUUCUAUUGAAAAUAAUGUGUUCUCUAUGACUUACCUGCUUAAAAUAGAACAAUGGUAUAAACCCCCUGUCAGAGUUUACGGGGACAAGGGUGAGAAGUCAUUUUGGCCUGUUUCAUUGUGUCAGCUGGAUGGGGUGAGCCUGCAGGGCUUCACUAACCAGGAGGUUCUGGAUGUGAUGAAGCAGACAGCCCAGACGGUCCACCUCACCCUGGUCAGGAAGAUCGCCUCGCCCAAACUGUCACUGGAGAGGUCCCUGGACAAAGGUAAGGACUACUAGGACUCUUUACCAGUCACCUGUAAGUGUGUAUCACAAGUCCUACUACGGCAGAAAUACAGCCGAUAUGAUGCGUUUUGCAUCAUACCGGCUGUAGUUCUGUAUUUUGAAAGUUACAUGUCUUGAUAACUUGAUUGCUGACAUGCAGAACAUUUUGGGACUACAGUGCCUUCGGAAAGUAUUCAGACCCCUUGACUUUUUCCACAUUUUGUUACGUUACAGCCUCAUUCUAAAAUGGAUUAAAUAAAUAAAAAUCCUCAGCAAUCUACACAUAAUAUCCCAUAAUGACAAAACUAAAGUAGGUUUUUAGAAAUGUUUGCUAAUUUAUCAAAAAAGAAACAUAAAUACCUUAUUUACAUAAGUAUUCAGACCCUUUGCUAUGAAUCUCAAAAUUGAGCUCAGGUGCAUCCUGUUUACAUUGAUAAUCUUUGAGAAGUUUCUACAACUUGAUUGGAGUCCACCUGUGGUAAAUUCAAUUGAUUGGACAUGAUUUGGAAAGGCACACAACAGUCUAUAUAAGGUCCCACAGUUGACAGUGCAUGUCAGAGCAAGAACCAAGCCAUGUGGUCAAAGGAAUUGUCCGUAGAGCGCUGAGACAGGAUUGUGUCAAGGCACAGAUCUGGGGAUGGUUACCAAAAAACUUCUGCAGCAUUGAAGGUCCCCAAGAACACAGUGGCCUCCAUCAUUCUUAAAUGGAAGAAGUUUGGAACCACCAAGACUCUUCCUAGAGCUGGCCGCCCGGCCAAACUGAGCAAUCAGGGGAGAAGGGCCUUGGUCAGGGAGGUGACUAAGAACCCGAUGGUCACUCUGACAGAGCUCCAGAGUUCCUCUGUGGAGAUGGGAGAACCUUCCAGAAGGACAACCAUCUCUGCAGCACUCCACUAAUCAUGGUAGGGUGGCCAGACGGAAGCCACUCCUCAGCAAAAGGCACAUGACAGCACGCUUGGAGUUUGCCAAAAAGCACCUAAAGACUCUCAGACCAUGAGAAACAAGAAUCUCUGGUCUGAUGAAACCAAGAUUGAACUCUUUGGCCUGAAUGCCAAGCGUCACAUCUGGAGGAAACCUGCACCAUCCCUAUGGUGAAGCACGGUGGUGGCAGCAUCAUGCUGUGGAGAUCUUUUUCAACGGCAGGGACUGGGAGACUAGUCAGAAUCAAGGCAAAGAUGAACGGAGCAAAGUACAGAGAGAUCCUUGAUGAAAACCUGCUUCAGAGUGCUCAGGGCCUCAGACUGGGGCGAAGGUUCACCUUCCAACAGGACAACGACCCUAAGCACACAGCCAAGACAAUGCAGGAGUGGCUUCGAGACAAGUCUCUGAAUGUCCUUGAGUGGCCCAGCCAGAGCCAAGACUUGAACCCAAUCGAACAUCUCUGGAGAGACCUGAAAAUAGCUGUGCAGCGACGCUCCCCAUCCAACCUGACAGAGCUUGAGAGGAUCUGCAGAGAGGAAUGGGAGAAAGUCCCCAAAUACAGGUGUGCCAAGCUUGUAGCGUCACACCCAAGAAGAAUUGAGGCUGCUAAAGGUGCUUCAACAAAGUACUGAGUAAAGGGUCUGAAUACUUAUGUAAAUGUUAUAUUUCAGUUUAUUUCUUUUUUAUAAAUUUGCAAAUACAUUCUAAAAAUCUGUUUUGGCUUUGUCAUUAUGGGGUAUCGUGUGUAGAUUGAUAAGGGGGGGAAAAAAAACAAUUUUAUCAAAUUUAUAAUAGGGCUGUAACGUAACAAAGUGGAAAAAGUAAAGGGAUCUGAAUACUUUCCGAAUGUACUGUAUUUCAACAGUGGACUAAUAAAACAAAUACAAAAAAAAUCCUUUAAGACCAAUGGACUUAUUCAGAAAUGCAGAUUUUCAGAAAGGGUACCUUGGUGGCUUGGGAAGUGCACUGUCGAGCGCUCGUUCCUUGUACAUGUGUACCUAGUGAAAAGACAUCCCUAAACCCUCGGGAGUGUGCAUGGAACUGUGACAGGAUGGUAAGGUGGACACGAGGACAGGGCCUUAAGUUAAACUACCAUCCCAAUAGAUAUGUACUCCAUUGUCCAAUGAGUUCAACCUCCCUCCGGCCAUCUGCAGUCCAAUGAGUUCAAGCUUCCUCUGGCCAUUUCUAAUUACCAUCCAGCGUCAGAGGGGACGAUUACUAUGACAAAUUUGUUUACUACUCUAUACAGUAAUUUCCAAAAAGUCUCAGGGAAAGCAUCCAAAGAUCUAUGACCUCAUUUCCUGCGACUUCUCAGAGGCUUGCUGCAUUGGUCACUUCCUUGGCCAUUGGUCAGCCGAGCAGUGUGACAGAGGUGAUUUAGAAGAGCAGGGUGAGUGACCGUGGAACUCUUCUCUCUCCUGGUCUCUUUGUUUCAUUACGCCGGUUGGGGAGCGGGAUACAACACCCUCUAAGCUAACUGGAGACUGCUAACCAUGUAAAGUGAGCGGUCUGAUUUCACGCACACGAACACACACACACUAAAUCACACACACACACACACACACACACACACACACACACACACACACACACACCCACACCCUGGUGUUUUCCCUCACGUACAGUCUGCUUGACUUGUCGUACUUGGAGGGCCUAGUACAGAGCUUUCAGAAAGUAUUCACACCCCUUGACUUUUUACACAUUUUGUUGUGUUACAGCCUGAAUUUAAAAUUCAUUAAACUUUUUUUUGGUCUUUACACAAUACCACAUAAUGAAAACAACAUGUUUUUAGAAAUGUUUGCCAUUUUAUUGGAAAUAAAAUGCAUAAAUAUUGCAUUUACAUAAGUAUUCACACCCCUGAGUCAAUACAUGUUAGAAUCACCUUUUGGCAGCAAUUACAGCUGUGAGUCUUUCUGGGUAAGUCUCUAAAAGCUUUGCACACUUGGAUUGUACAAUAUUUGCACAUUGUUCUUAAAAAAAUUAUUCCUGCUCUGUCAAGUUGGUUGUUGAUCAUUUCUAGACAGCCAUUUUCAAGUCUUGCCAAAGAUUUUCAAGCCGACAUAAGUCAAAACUAACAAGGCCAUUCAGGAACAUUCAAUGUCCUCUUGGUAAGCAACUGUAUAUUUGGCCUUGAGUUUUAGGUUAAUGUCCUGCUGAAAGGUGAAUUUGUCUCCCAGUGUCAGUUGGAAAGCUGGAAAGUUUUCUUCUAGGAUUUUGCCUGUGCUUAGCUCUAUUCCGUUUAUUUUUAUCAUAAAAAACUCCCUAGUCCUUGACGAUGACAAGCAUACAGUGAGGGAAAAAAGUAUUUGAUCCCCUGCUGAUUUUGUACGUUUGCCCACUGACAAAGAAAUGAUCAGUCUAUAAUUUUAAUGGUAGGUUUAUUUGAACAGUGAGAGACAGAAUAACAACAAAAAAAUCCAGAAAAAUGCAUGUCAAAAAUGUUAUCCAUUGAUUUCCAUUUUAAUGAGGGAAAUGAAAUAAGUAUUUGACCCCUCUGCAAAACAUGACUUAGUACUUGGUGGCAAAACCCUUAUUGGCAAUCACAGAGGUCAGACGUUUGUUAUAGUUGGCCACCAGGUUUGCACACAUCUCAGGAGGGAUUUUGUCCCACUCUUUGCAGAUCUUCUCCAAGUCAUUAAGGUUUCGAGGCUGACGUUUGGCAACUCGAACCUUCAGCUCCCUCCACAGAUUUUCUAUGGGAUUAAGGUCUGGAGACUGGCUAGGCCACUCCAGGACCUUAAUAUGCUUCUUCUUGAGCCACUCCUUUGUUGCCUUGGCCGUGUGUUUUGGGUCAUUGUCAUGCUGGAAUACCCAUCCACGACCCAUUUUCAAUGCCCUGGCUGAGGGAAGGAGGUUCUCACCCAAGAUUUGACGGUACAUGGGGCGGUUCCUCCUGCAGGCAGAGGAGGGUCGUUAGUGAUUGGAGUUGGUGUGAUUGGAGCCACCUGGGCUCAGGGUAUUUAAAACUGCUUCACUAACCCCAAUCUCUCUCUCUCCCUGCUCCUCCAGGUAUGAUCCUGGUUUGUUUGUUCCUUUGUAGGUUUACUUAGUUUCCACUCAGUCAUGUUCACACACACACAGAUUCAUGCAUCCAUGCACCUUACCUACACCCUACAUUAUGAUAUUUCCACACCUCAUUCCUUUUUCUUUGUUUAAAGUUAAUAGAGAACCUUUUGAUUGGCCUAUACCUGUUGUUCAUGUCCCCUCAUUUUUGCCACAGGCUAUGAGCCGGCCUGUGACACUUUGAUGUGGUGAAGUUGUCCUGUCCCCUUAGCAGAAAAACACCCCCAAAGCAUAAUGUUUCCACCUCCAUGUUUGACGGUGGGGAUGGUGUUUACAUUUACAUUACAUUUUAGUCAUUUAGCAGACGCUCUUAUCCAGAGCGACUUACAGGAGCAAUUAGGGUUAAGUGCCUUGCUCAAGGGCACAUCGACAGAUUUUUCACCUAGUCGGCUCUGGGAUUAGAACCAGCGACCUUUCGGUUACUGGCACAACGCUCUUAACCACUAAGCUACCUGCUGUGUUCUUGGGGUCAUAGGCAGCCUUCCUCCUCCUCCAAACACGGCAAGUUGAGUUGAUGCCAAAGAGCUCCAUUGUGGUCUCAUCUGACCACAACACUUUCACCCAGUUCUCCUCUGAAUCAUUCAGAUGUUCAUUGGCAAACUUCAGACGGCCCUGUAUAUGUGCUUUCUUGAGCAGGGGGACCAUGCAGGCGCUGCAGGAUUUCAGUCCUUCACGGGGUAGUGUGUUACCAAUUGUUUUUUUGGUGACUAUGGUCCCAGCUGCCUUGAGAUCAUUGACAAGAUCCUCCCGUGUAGAUCUGGGCUGAUUCUUCACCGUUCUCAUGAUCAUUGCAACUCCACGAGGUGAGAUCUUGCAUGGAGCCCCAGGCCGAGGGAGAUUGACAGUUCUUUUUUGUUUCUUCCAUUUGCGAAUAAUUGCACCAACUGUUGUCACCUUCUCACCAAGCUGCUUGGCGAUGGUCUUGUAGCCCAUUCCAGCCUUGUGUAGGUCUACAAUCUUGUCCCUGACAUCCUUGGAGAGCUCUUUGGUCUUGGCCAUGGUGGAGAGUUUGGAAUCUGAUUGAUUGAUUGCUUCUGUGGACAGAUGUCUUUUAUACAGGUAACAAGCUGAUAUUAGGAGCACUCCCUUUAAGAGUGUGAUCCUAAUCUCAGCUCGUUACCUGUAUAAAAGACACCUGGGAGCCAGAAAUCUUUCUGAUUGAGAGGGGGUCAAAUACUUAUUUCCCUCAUUAAAAUGCAAAUCAAUUUAUAACAUUUUUGACAUGUGUUUUUCUGGAUUUUUUUGUUGUUAUUCUGUCUCUCACUGUUCAAAUAAACCUACCAUUAAAAUUAGACUGAUCAUUUCUUUGUCAGUGGGCAAACGUACAAAAUCAGCAGGGGAUCAAAUACUUUUUUCCCUCACUGUACACAUAACAUGAUGCAGCCACCACCAUGCUUGAAAAUAUGAAGAGUGGUACUCAGUGAUGUGUUGUUGGAUUUGCCCCAAAACAUAACGCUUUGUAUUCAGGAUGUAAGUUAAUUUCUUUGCCAAUUUUUUUGCAGUUUUACUUUAGUGCCUUAUUACAAACAAAUGUUUUGCAAUAUUUGUAUUCUGUACAGCAGGGAUCAUCAACUAUAUUGAACAAAAAUAUAAACGCAACAUGCAACAAUUUCAACGAUUUUACUGACUUAUAGUUCAUGUAAGAAAAUCAGUCAAUUGAAAUAAAUUCAUUAGUCCCAAAUCUAUGGAUUUCACAUGACUGGGAUAGGCCCACCCAUUUUGGGAGCCAGGCCCACCCACUGGGGAGCCAGGCCCAGCCAGUCAUAAUGAGUUUUUCCCCACAAAAGGGCUUUGUUACAGACACAAAUACUCCUCAGUUUAAUCAACUGUCUGGGUGGCUGGGCUCAGAUGAUCCUGCGGGUGAAGAAUACGGAUGUGGAGGUCACACGUGGUCUGCGGUUGUGAGGCCGGUUGGACGUACUGCCAAAUUCUCUAAAACAACGUUGGAGGUGGCUUAUGGUAGAGAAAUUAACAUUAAAUUCUCUGGUGGACAUUCCUGCAGUCAGCAUGUCAAUUGCACCCUGCCUCAACUUGAGACAUCUGUGGCAUUAUGUUGUGUGACAAAACUGCACAUUUUAGAGUGGGCUUUUUUUGGCCCCAGCACCUGGUGCACCUGUGUAAUGAUCAUGCUGUUUAAUCAGCUUCUUGAUAUGCCACACCUGUCAGGUGGAUGUAUUAUCUUGUCAAAGGAGAAAUGCUCGCUAAUAGGGAUGUAAACAAAUUUGUGCACAACAUUUGAGAGAAAUAAGCUUAUUGUGCGUAUGAAAAAAUUCUGAGAUCUUUUAUUUCAGCUCAUGAAACAUGGGACCAACACUUUACGUGUUGCAUUUAUAUUUUUGUUCAGUAUAGAUUUAGCCGCGGGCCGAUUAUUAUUAUUUUUUUCUUGAGUGGAUGGUCAGGGGGCCGGAACAUAAUUACAAAUAAUUUGUAGGCUGCAAAUUGAACGCAAGAAGCCCAAACUGAUAUAAUAUUUGACUAAAACAUAAUCAUUUCAAACCUUGCUUACAAUUGUAUACGUUUACAUAUACUGUAUCUCUCUAUUAUGCAUGGGAAUAUUGUUUUUUUUUAAAUCACUUGGAGUGAUUUGCUGGUGUUUUUACAGUUUGUGGCACCCCCCCCAAAAAAGAUAAAAUAUUCUCUUUUUCUUUUCUCAGUAAACUUGGGGGGCCAAAUAAAAUCACUGAAUAAAGAGUUGCAUGCACUCACUCUGUGUGCUAUAAUAGUGGUUAACAUGAUUUAUUUGAAUGAAUAUCCAAUCUCUGUACCCCACACAUACAAUUAUAUGUAAGGUCCCUUAGUCGAGUAGUGAAUUUCAAGCACAGAUUCAACCACAGAGACCAGGGAGGUUUUCCAAUGCCUCGCAAAAAAGGGCACCUAUUGGGUAAAAAUUAAAUAUAAAGUAGACACUGAAUAUCCCUUUGAGCAUGGUGAUGUCAUUAAUUACGCUUUGGAUGGUGUAUCAAUACUCCCAGUCACUACAAUGAUACAGGCAUCCUUCCUAACUCAGUUGCCGGAGAGGAAGGAAACCGCGCAGGGAUUUCACUAUGAGGCCAAUGGUGAUUUUAAAACAGUUCGAGUUUAAUGGCUGUGAUAGGAGAACAUUGAAGAUGGAUCCACAACAUUGUAGUUACUCCACAAUACUAAUAUAAAUGACAGAGUGAAAAGGAAGUCUUUACAGAAUAAAAAUAUUCCAAAACAUGCAUCCUGUUUGCAAUAAGGCACUAAAGUAAUACUGCAAAAAAAUGUGGCAAAGAAGUUAACUUUUUGUCCUGAAUACAAAGCAUUAUGUUUGGGGCAAUGAUCAACAACCAACUUGACAGAGUUUAAAAUAUAAUAAUGUGAAAAUAUUGUACAAUCCAGGUGUGCAAAGCUCUUAGAGACUUACCCAAAAAGACUCAAAGCUGUAAUCGCUGCCAAAUGUGAUUCUAACAUGUAUUGACUCAGGGGUGUAAAUGAGAUAUUUCUGUAUUUCAUUUUCAAUAAAUUAGCACAAAAAAUGCAAACAUUUUUUUUUUCACUUUGUCAUUAUGGGGUAUUGUGUGUAGAGGGGUGUGGAUUUUUUUUUUAUUUAAUCCAUUUUAAAUUCCGAUUGUAAUAACAAAAUGUGGACUAAGUCAUGGGGAAUGGAUACUUUAUGAACGACCCUCCCAUUUUCAUAUGUGUCUGGUGUUAGCUAGUUACUGGAUGGAACAAAAGGGGGGAAGGGUCGUUCAUAACUCUGACGCAGUUGUCAUGUCAACACAUCCGUCAGUGCUGCUGUGAACCGCAUCACAAGAGACAUGUCAAACGGGAGAUGUACAAAACAAAUGUAUGUCAUUGAUGCAAUUUCAAUGUUGUUGAGUUCCUUUUCAUUAUCACCACAUUUGCUUGAGAUUAUUUUACUGCACCACUGUUCACUGCAUUCAAGUUUCUUGACAUCGGUGUUUCAAAGAGCUGUCAGUCAAGGCAAGCUCAUGAGUAUAAGCUCCCCGCCCACUCAGCCCGUCUUUUCAAAUUUCCUGGGAGUUAGCCAUGAGACAAAAAUAAAAGUUUAUCAAAUGUUUUGCAUUUCCAUCCCCCCCAAAAAUAUUAUGGGUGAUAAUGAAAAGGAACUCAACAACAUUGAAAUUGCAUCAAUGUCAAAGGUCAAAAGGCUAUUUUACAUUUGGAAUCAGAGUUUUCGGGACCUUUUUAAGCUAAUUUUUACUCCUGAACGUAUUUAGGCUUGCCAUAACAAAGGGGUUGAAUACUUAUUGACUCAAGACAUUUCAGCUUUUAAAUUAUUAAUUUGUAAAAAUUUCUUAAAACAAGAUCAAGAUAUACAGUGGGGAGAACAAGUAUAUGAUACACUGCCGAUUUUGCAGGUUUUCCUACUUACAAAGCAUGUAGAGGUCUGUGAUUUUUAUCAUAGGUACACUUCAACUGUGAGAGACGGAAUCUACAACAAAAAUCCAGAAAAUCACAUUGUAUGAUUUUUAAGUAAUUAAUUUUCAUUUUAUUGCAUGACAUAAGUAUUUGAUCACCUACCAACCAGUAAGAAUUCCGGCUCUCACAGACCUGUUAGUUUUUCUUUAAGAAGCCCUCCUGUUCUCCACUCAUUACCUGUAUUAACUGCACCUGUUUGAACUCGUUACCUGUAUAAAAGACACCUGUCCACAUACUCAGUCAAACAGACUCCAACCUCUCCACAAUGGCCAAGACCAGAGAGCUGUGUAAGGACAUUAGGGAUACAAUUGUAGACCUGCACAAGGCUGGGAUGGGCUACAGGACAAUAGGCAAGCAGCUUGGUGAGAAGGCAACAACUGUUGGCGCAAUUAUUAGAAAAUGGAAGAAGUUCAAGAUGACGGUCAAUCACCCUUGGUCUGGGGCUCCAUGCAAGAUCUCACCUCGUGGGGCAUCAAUGAUCGUGAGGGAUCAGCCCAGAACUACACGGCAGGACCUGGUCAAUGACCUGAAGAGAGCUGGGACCACAGUCUCAAAGAAAACCAUUAGUAACACACUACGCCGUCAUGGAUUAAAAUCCUGCAGCGCACGCAAGGUCCCCCUGCUCAAGCCAGCGCAUGUCCAGGCCCGUCUGAAGUUUGCCAAUGACCAUCUGGAUGAUCCAGAGGAGGAAUGGGAGAAGGUCAUGUGGUCUGAUGAGACAAAAAUAGAGCUUUUUGGUCUAAACUUCACUCGCCAUGUUUGGAGGAAGAAGAAGGAUGAGUACAACCCCAAGAACACCAUCCCAACCGUGAAGCAUGGAGGUGGAAACAUCAUUCUUUGGGGAUGCUUUUCUGCAAAGGGGACAGGACGACUGCACCGUAUUGAGGGGAGGAUGGAUGGGGCCAUGUAUCGCGAGAUCUUGGCCAACAACCUCCUUCCCUCAGUAAGAGCAUUGAAGAUGGGUCGUGGCUGUGUCUUCCAAUAUGACAACGACCCGAAACACACAGCCAGGGCAACUAAGGAGUGGCUCCGUAAGAAGCAUCUCAAGGUCCUGGAGUGGCCUAGCCAGUCUCCAGACCUGAACCCAAUAGAAAAUCUUUGGAGGGAGCUGAAUGUCCGUAUUGCCCAGCGACAGCCCCGAAACCUGAAGGAUCUGGAGAAGGUAUGGAGGAGUGGGCCAAAAUCCCUGCUGCAGUGUGUGCAAACCUGGUCAAGACCUACAGGAAACGUAUGAUCUCUGUAAUUGCAAACAAAGGUUUCUGUACCAAAUAUUAAGUUCUGCUUUUCAGAUGUAUCAAAUACUUAUGUCAUGCAAUAAAAUGCAAAUGAAUUACUUAAAAAUCAUACAAUGUGAUUUUCUGGAUUUUUGUUGUAGAUUCCGUCUCUCACAGUUGAAGUGUACCUAUGAUAAAAAUUACAGACCUCUACAUGCUUUAAGUAGGAAAACCUGCAAAAUCGGCAGUGUAUCAAAUACUUGUUCUCCCCACUGUAUCAGUGUUUUAUUUUUUGUUAAUCAAAAAAAAAAAAAAAGUUCUUCCACUUUGACAUUACAGAUUAUUUUGUGUAGGUCGUAAGGAAACAACAACAAUUUUAAUCAAUUUUAAUCCCAAUUUGUAAUGCAACAAAAUGUGGAAAAAGUCAAUGGGUGUGAAUACUUUCUGAUGGCACUGUAUGUAUAUACUGUAGCGGGAAUCAGUGUUACAGUACAAAUGAAUAGAGAGGAGCUGUGCUAAAUCCUAUGUAACGGUCAGAUGGAAAUAUUCCCUGUGUCGCGUAGGAUGAAGUAACUACUACCUCUAAUUCCAUUCAAGCUAAAACUUGAUAUUAAACACCACAACUAGAUUUCUUCUGACAAUAUGUCAGUUGUUGGCAGUUAUUGUUGUUGAAUGUGGUCGCACGCACACACGUCUACACACACACACACACACACACACACACACACACACACACACACACACACACACACACACACACACACACACACACACACACACACCAUGUAAUGGAGUGCUCAUUUGUACAAGGCCUGGUUCAAAUUGAGCAAAAAUAUCCCAGACACGUCUUUCCAACCAGCAUUCUGUUCUGAUCAGUAUGUUUUAUGUCUGGCUGCUGGUGUUUUCAUAUGAUUUGUCAGAACUACCCCACUGAUGUUACUGAAUAAACAGCCGAGUGUUGAGUGUACAUCAACCACUGUGUGUGUGUGAACAUGCAUGGUUUUGAAUUUUUUUGAUUGUUUUAUGCCUGCGUUGGUUUUCUCAUGCGUGUGUCCGUUCUUAUACUCACUUGUGUGUGUUGCAGUGCAGAGGGAGCCGUCACGUGUGUCUCUGAAGAGGUCUGCAGAGAUCAAGUCUCGGUUGUCAGACCUGCAGGUUGCCCCCCUAGUGGAGCCCACUGAGACACUCCUGAUGAGCACCAGUACUAGCAGAACACAGCUGGCCAGAGGUGAGCUAAUGUAUCUGUCCAUUCAUCCAUCCAACCAUCUACCAUCUGUAGUCCUCCUCUCUCGCUCUCACUUACACGCACACACACACACACACACACACACACACCUCAUUACUCCAUGUCACCUACUCCUAUCCCUGUUGGAUAGUCUGCCACUAACGUGCAUCAUCCAUAGCAACUGUUACCAUGUUAGCUAGGCAGGUUAUUUAUCCCAUCUUCAUUGAAAUAGCUUUUUAGUCCAGGACUAAGCUUAAUCUUUGUCCGGUAAAACUAAUCUAUAGGUUUUAGUCUCAGAACCACAAAGUCUCUCUGUUCUUUAUCACCGUUUCUCUCUUUAAACUCCACGUGAUACUUCUGCCUUUACACAGUCAGUCAGUCUUUACAUCAGCACUGGAACCCAAUCCCCCCCUCAUCCCGGUCUGGGUCACCGGUGGGUCACCCCAUCCUCCCGAAACCUCCCCCUCCACCCCCUACUUCAGCCUAGUCCCCACACAGCAGGCUUAUUGGGCACUGUUACACUGUUACAGUCAUACUAGACGCUCACCCUCCGGGAUAUAAAUAUCAAGCUAGACGAGGAGGGGGAGGAGAGGGGAGGGGAGGGGAGGGGGGACGGAAGAGAAAAAGGCUAGAGCUUGGGCUUGGUAGAGUAGAUAGGAAGAUUGUGUUUAUGGAGGUGUGAGGGGGCUCACGUUACCCUGAGCCCUAUUGAAUCCUGACAAGACCUUCUAUCUGCCAAAUCUCCCCAAUAAAGUAUUCUGUUGCACAGGGGAACCAAUACAAGCCACACUGAUAACAAUAAUGUUUUGUCAAGGGCUUAUUUCCCUGUGUGUGUGUGUUAGGGCUGGGUGAAAUGGCCUAAAAAUCAUACACUAUAUAUACAAAAGUAUGUGGACAUCCCUUAAAAUUAGUGGAUUCUGCUAUUUCAGCCACACCCAUUGCUGACAGCACACAGCCAUGCAAUCUCCAUAGACAAACACCGGCAGUAGAAUGUCCUUACUGGAGAGCUCAGUGACUUUCAACGUGGCACCGUCAUAGUAGCACGUAGCACAUAGAAAUUGUCUGUCCUCGGUUGCAACACUCACUACCGAGUUCCAAACUGCCUCUGGAAGCAACGUCAGCACAGUAACUAUUCGCCGGGAGCUUCAUAAAAUGGGUUUCCAUGGCCGAGCAGCCGCACACAAGCCUAAGAUCACCAUGCGCAAUGCCAAGCGUCAGCUGGAGUGGUGUAAAGCUCGCCGCCAUUGGACUCUGGAGCAGUGGAAACGCGUUCUCUGGAGUGAUGAAUCACGCUUCACCAUCUGGCAGUCCGACGCACAAAUCUGGGUUUGGCGGAUACCAGGAGAACGGUACCUGCCCCAAUGCAUAGUGCCAACUGUGAAGUUUGGUGGAGGAGGAAUAAUGUCUGGGGCUGUUUUUCAUGGUUCGGGCUAGGCCCCUUAGUUCCAGUGAAGGGAAAUCUUAACGCUACCGCAUACAAUGACAUUCUAGAUAAUUCUGUGCUUCCAACUUUGUGGCAACAGUUUGAGGAAGGCCCUUUCCUGUUUCAGCAUGAGAAUGCCCCUGUGCACAAAGUGAGGUCCAUACAGAAAUGGUUUGUCGAGAUCGUGUGGAAGAACUUGACUGGCCUGCACAGAGCCUUGACCUCAACCCCAUUCAAACACCGUUGGGAAGAAUUGGAACGUCGACUGCGAGCCUAAUCACCCAACAUCAGUGCUCGACCGCACUAAUGCUCUUGUGGCUGAAUGGAAAGCAAGUCCCCGCAGUAAUUUUCCAACAUCUAGUGAAAAGCCUUCCCAGAAGAGUAGAGUGGAUCGAGCGGGGCUUCUCCAUCUGUCGGAGGCCUGCACCAGGCGCUUGGAGCAACGGGCUCAAGUUAUCCUGCCUCUCGCCUGUCCAUAAAGGAUUCUCCGAAUCCUGUGAAUCAUGGGAUGGGCGGAUUUCCUCGUCCUUCUCGCCAGCCGUGAUUUUGGGCAGCUCCAUGGUAAGAAAUGUGACCGUUCCUGGUGCAAAAACAAUGUCCUAUCCCAGAGCUCGAGUAAAUGACAUUACUAAACUGCGCCCGAAUGUAGUACGUCAAGACAUGGAAAUCGAUUCUAUCGUAGUCCAUGUGGGUUUUAAUGACAUUAUGAAGGGGACCUCUGAACAGUUAAAACUGGAUUUUAAAGAGCUGAUUGACUCUGUUAGACACUAACAAAAAACCCAUCAUACCUGGCCCUGUGCACUCUCUGAAUCGUGGCAUUGAACGCUUUAGCAGGAUUCUUUCUCUUCACAACUGGCUACGUUAUUAUUGCAGCUCAAUGGGUGUAACUUUUGUUGACAAUUUCGAUACUUUUUGGAAACAAAACACGUUUUAUAAGGAGGAUGGGAUCCACCCAAAUAAUUUGGGUUCCUGGAUCCUUUCACAGCAUUAUAUGGCUGCGUUGAGACAAUGACUUAUCAAUGACCCAAGCCCAGCUCAGCUAAUCUCUACCAUUGUGACGCAGAGUUGUCAUAAUGCUUCAGCAAAUGUACAUUACACCAGGGGUGUCGGUAGAUACAAUAUAAGUAACAUCAUUUAUGUCCCUCUAACUGCCCUGAAUGCCUCUGCUGAUCUUACAGCUAUUGUAUGCAGUAAUCAUAUGCCUAGGAACCAGAUUUAUACUGUUAGCACUGAGCCGGUGUGCCCUAGGAGGAAGUCUACUGUGUGCAUCUCACCCUGCACUAACAUAAAGAACAUGAGCACAUUUACUGCUGCUAAGCUUCCCAGUAAAGCAAUAAAAACAAGUAAGCAUCCCAGUAGAAAAGUGCUCAAAAUAGCACACUUUAACAUAUGUAGCUUAAGAAACAAGGUUCAUGAAAUCAAUAAUUUGCUAGUAACAGAUGACAUUCAUAUUCUGAUCUCUGAAACUCACUUAGAUAAUACCUUUGAUGAUACAGUGGUAGCAAUACAAGGUUAUAACAUUUACAGAAAAUAUCGAAAUGCCAAUGGUGGAGGUGUUGCUGUUUACAUUCAGAACCACAUUCAUGUGAAGAUUAGAGAUGAACUAAUGUUGAACCUGUAGCCAUAGUACUUCAACAGUAUUUAUCUGCCUCACCUAAAGCCUAUUCUGGUGGGAAGCUGCUAUAGACCACCAAGUGCUAACAGUCAGUAUCUGGAUAAUGUGUGAAAUGCUUGAUAAUGUAUGUGAUAUCAGUAGAGGUAUACUUUCUGGGUGAUUUUAAAUAUUGACUGGCUUUCAUCACGCUGCCCACUCAAGAGAAAGCUUCAAACUGUAACCAGUGCCUGCAACCUGGUUCAGGUUAUCAGUCAACCUACCAGGGUAGUUACAAACAGUACAGAAAUGAAAUCAUCAACAUGUAUUCAUCAUAUCUUUACUAAUGCUGUAGAGAUUUGUUUGAAAGCAGUAUCCAAAUCUAUUAGAUGUAGUGAUCACAAUAUAGUAGCCAUAUCUAGGAAAACCAAAGUUCAAAGGCUGGGCCUAAUAUUGUGUGUAAGAGGUCAUAUAAUACGUUUUGUAGUGAUUCCUAUGUUGUUGAUGUAAAGAGUAUAUGUUGGUCCGUGGUGUGUAAUGAGGAGCAAACAGACACUGCACUUGACACAUUUAUGAAAUUGCUUAUUCCAGUUACUAAUAAACAUGCACCCAUUAAGAAAAUGACUGUAAAACGGUUAAAUCCCCAUGGAUUGAUGAGGAAUUGGAAAAUUAUAUGGUUGAGAGGGAUGAGUCUAAAGGAAUGGCAAAUAAGUCUGGCUGCGCAACUGAUUGGCAAACGUAUUGCAAAUUGAGAAAUCAUGUGACUAAACUGAAUAAAAAGAAGAAGAAACUUCACUAUGAAACAAAGAUAAAUUACAUAAAGAAUGAUAGUAAAAAGUGUAUGCACUCACUAACUGUAAGUCGCUCUGGAUAAGAGCGUCUGCUAAAUGACUAAAAUGUAAAAAGCUUUGGAGCACCUUAAAUGAAACUUUGGGAGACAAAGGCAAACUCAGCUCCAUCAUUCAUUGAAUCAGAUGGCUCAUUCAUCACAAAACCAACUGAUAUAGCCAACUACUUUAAAGAUUUUUUUCAUUGGUAAGAUCAGCAAACUUAGGCAUGACAUGCCAGCAACAAUUGCUGACACUACACAUCCAAGUAUAUCUGACCAAAUGAUGAAAGCGUUGUAAUUUUGAAUUCCGUAAAGUGAGUGUGGAAGAGGUGAAAAAAUUGUCUGUCAACAAUGACAAGCCACGGUGUCUGACAACUUGGAUGGAAUACUUACUGAGGAUAAUAGUGGACGGUAUUGCCACUCCUAUUUGCCAUAUUUAAGCCUACUAGAAUGUGUGUGCCCCCAGGCCUGGAGGGAAGCAAAAGUAAUUCCGCUACCUAAGAAUAGUAAAGCUCCCUUUACUGGCUCAAAUAGCCGACCAAUCAGCCUGUUACCAACCCUUAGUAAAAUAUUGGUGUUCUUCCAGAUACAAUGCUAUUUUAUAGUGAGCAAAUUGACAAACUUUCAGCAUGCUUAUAGAGAAGGACAUUCAACAAGCACAGCACUUACACAAAUGACUGAUGAUUGGCUGAGAGAAAUUGAUGAUAACAAGAUUGUGGGGGCUGUUUUGUUAGACUUCAGUGCGGCUUUUGACAUUAUCGAUCAUAGUCUGCUGCUGGAAAAAUUUGUGUUAUGGUUUUACUCCCCCUGCUAUAUUGUGGAUAAAGAGUUACCUGUCUAACAGAACACAGAGGGUGUUCUUUAAUGGAAGCCUCUCCAACAUAAUUCAGGUAGAAUCAGGAAUUCACCAGGGCAGCUGUCUAGGCCUAUUACUUUUUUCAAUCUUUACUAAUGACAUGCCACGGCUUUGAGUAAAGCCAGUGUGUCUAUGUAUGUGGAUGACUCAACACUAUACAUGUCAGCUACUACAGCGGCUGAAAUGACUGCAACACUUAACAAAGAGUUGCAGUUAGUUUCAGAGUGGGUGGCAAGGAAUAAGUUAGUCCUAAAUAUUUCUAAAGCAUUGUAUUUGGGACAAAUCAUUCACUAAACUAAAUCUUGUAAUAAAUAAUGUGGAAAUUGAGCAAGUUGAGGAGACUAAACUGCUUGGAGUAACCCUGGAUUGUAAACUGUCAUGGUCAAAACAUAUUGAUACAACAGUAGCUAAGAUGGGGAGAAGUCUGUCCAUAAUAAAGUGCUGCUCUACCUUCUUAACAGCACUAUCAACAAGGCAGGUCCUACAGGCCCUAGUUUUGUCGCACCUGCACUACUGUUCAGUCGUGUGGUCAGGUGCCACAAAAAAGGACUUAUGAAAAUUGCAAUUGGCUCAAACAGGGCAGCACGGCUGGCCCUUGGAUGUACACAGAGUGCUAAUAUUAAUAAUAUGCAUGUCAAUCUCUCCUGGCUCAAAGUGGAGGAGAGAUUGACUUCAUCACUUGUUGUAUUUAUGAGAGGUAUUGACAUGUUGAAUGCACCGAGCUGUCUGUCUUUAGCUACUGGCACACAGCUCGGACACCCAUGCAUACCCCACAAUACAUGUCACCAGAGGUCUCUUCAGAGUCCCCAAGUCCAGAACAGACUAUGGGAGGCGCACAGUACUACAUAGAGCCAUGACUACAUGGAACUCUAUUCCACAUCAAGUAACUGAUGCAAGUAGUAAAAUUAGAUUUAAAAAACACCUUAUGGAACAGCGGGGACUGUGAAGCAACACAAACACUGACACAUGCAUAGACACACACGAUAACAUACGCACUAUACACACACGUACACAGGAUUUUGUACUGUAGAUAUGUGGUAGUGAUGGAGUAGGUAUUAUAAUGUUUUUUAAAUGGUAUGAACUGCCUUAAUUUUGCUGGACCCCAGGAAGCAGCUAAUGGGGAUCCAUAAUAAAUACAAAUACAAACUCCAUAUUAAUGCCCAUGAUUUUGGAAUGAGAUGUUCAACGAGCAGAUGUCCACAUACUUUUGGUCAUGUGGAGUACAUUUCUCUCAGUUACUGGUGAUCGCUAUGGAAGUACCACCUGAAGCAGAAAUACAUAGGUUCCGUCCCAAAUGGUAGUAGGUGCCAGGCGCACCGGUUUGAGUGUGUCAAGAACCGCAAUUUUUUGACGCGCAACAGUUUCCCGUGUGUAUCAAGAAUGGUCCACCACCGAAAGAACAUCCAGCCAACUUGACACAACUGUGGGCCAGCAUCCUUGUGGAACGCUUUCGACACAUUGUAGAGUCCAUGCUCCGAGUGCAACUCAAUAUUAGGAAGGCGUUAUGAUUUUUGUGUAGUUUAGUGUAGUGGCUGUCAAUCACAUAGAACAAUGCAUGUCUGAACCAUUGACAUUUGCAGUACAUUACACUACACAUUUGCUAAAAAAAUAAUCUCUUAUGGUAGUGCCACUGUGCCAGUACAGUAAUUUAAGACUUGAACCAGUCUGAUUGUGCUUGUCCACCCUAGCUCCAACGUCCAGCUGUUCUCUUGCUUUCCCUCUUCUCUCUCUGUUUUUUCCUUCCCUAUUUUCUUUGCUAACUGACUGAAAUGUAAUGGAAGUGUUUAGGAUGUGUGCAUUGUCUUUAUUAGGGAUCCCCAUUAGCACGUUUCUAUGAUCUGUGGUUAAAAAACGGUGAUUUUCAAAACCUGCAAUGAUUUCUUAGCCCAAGGGAGGGUAUUUCUGUUUUAACUUUUGAUCUAUACAGAACUUAAAGGUGCUGUUUUCAGAUAUGUUGACACUGGUAUUGUGCUGGGGAUGAUGAAAGUGAGGUUGUAAAGUGGUGGAAUUCAGCGAAGUUCCAUGCAAUAUACAACUUGUGCCACGGAUAUUAACAUAUGCAUUGAUGCUGUCCUUGUGUCUUACAGGUGUGAAGGAGAUAUCUCUGUCUGAACUGGAUCUGAGGGCCAAAUGGGAGCAGUCUCUGGGGCCACAGUAUGACGUUCUGGUGAGAUUCUAACUGACAGCAGGAUAUGAACAUAUGGACAGAAUACCUGCACACCAUAGACAAUCUCAGAGAAAUCACUGUAGUCAAUGACAUGGUCAGUCAUGUCAGUGAGUAGCAGUUUGAUUUGAUAUCAAGCGUGGUUUGAUAAUCCCAUAGAGAAGGAAUUAUAUAAUUAAGCAAUAAGGCACGAGGGGGUGUGGUAUAUGGCUAAAAUACCACGGCUAAGGGCUGUUCUUAUGCAAGACGCAACGUGGAGGUGCCUGGAUACAGCCCUUAGCCAUGGUAUAUUGGCCAUUUACCACAAACCCGAGGUGCCUUAUUGCUAUUAUAAAUUGGUUUCCAACGUAAUUUGGUCCUCUGUAGCUCAGCUGGUAGAGCACGGCGCUUGUAACGCCAAGGUAGUGGGUUCGAUCCCCGGGACCACCCAUACACAAAAAAAAUAAAUGUAUGCAUGCAUGACUGUAAGUCGCUUUGGAUAAAAGCGUCUGCUAAAUGGCAUAUUAUUAUUAUUAUUAUUAUUAUUAUAAAAAUAUUUGUUUUGUCAUACGUGUGGUAUACGGUCUGAUAUACCACGGCUGUCAGCCAAUCAGCAUUCAGGGCUCGAACCACCCUGUUUAUGAUGACAAUUGUUUGUGUUUUUCCCUCCCAGGUGAUUGAACUGGACCCUGUUAUUGAAGAUGAUGCUGAACUACAGAAGUACUCCAAGGUGACAACAAGUUACCAUCAAAUAUUGGAGCUUAAUGCUUAUGCCACACAGUUCCCUUUGACAAAAACUCCCCAGUUACCAUAGGGAUGAUAAAGUAUUAUUUUCUAUCCUAGCUGCUGCCCAUCCACACCAUGCGUCUGGGGGUGGAUUUGGACUCAUUUGACGGCCACCACUACAUCUCCUCUGUGGCCCCAGAGGGCCCUGUGGCCAAACACGGCCUCCUGAGACCAGAGGACCAACUACUGGAGGUACUGCACACACCACACACACACCACCAACCACACAGCACCACACAACACCACCCACACACACACACAACACAAACCCACACCACACAACCAACACCAGCCCACUAACACAACCACUACACAACACCACACACACCACAGCACACCACACAACACACCACACACCACAAUAACACAACAGCACACCACACAACACUCACACACAAUUUCCACCCACCACCCACACAACACACACACACACAACACACACACAACAACCACACACCCCCACACACACACACACACACAGCCACACACACACACACACACACAACACACACACAACCCACACCACACAAAACACACGCACACACACACACACCACGCAACACACACACAACACACAGCGCACAACACACACACACACACACACACACAACACACACAAGCACACACACACACACAACACACACACACACACACAACACACACACACCACACACAACACACACACACAAAACACAAACAACAACACACACAAUACACACACACAACACACACACACACACCACACAACCACAACAUCCCACAAACCCACACAAACACACCAAUCCACACACCCCCCACACCACAAUACACACACACCACACAACACACACCAGACAAUACACAGCGCACAACACACACACACCACACACACACACCACACCCACCGCACAACACACACAACAUUUUCCUUGUCUAAAUACAUGCAAAGUAACCAAACAAUGACAUUUAUAAAUAGAUGGGAUGUAGCUUAAUAGAUGUCAGUAAAUUAUAUAGAACCCAUGAUCUGCCAGUCAUAAUGCAUUGUAAGAUUAUAAAAAUAUAUAUUAUACAGUGAGGGAAAAAAGUAUUUGAUCCCCUGCUGAUUUCGUACGUUUGCCCACUGACAAAGAAAUGAUCAGUCUAUAAUUUUAAUGGUAGGUUUAUUUGAACAGUGAGAGACAGAAUAACAACAAAAUAAUCCAGAAAAACGCAUGUCAAUAAUGUUAUAAAUUGAUUUGCAUUUUAAUGAGGGAAAUAAGUAUUUGACCCCCUCUCAAUCAGAAAGAUUUCUGGCUCCCAGGUGUCUUUUAUACAGGUAACGAGCUGAGAUUAGGAGCACACUCUUAAAGGGAGUGCUCCUAAUCUCAGUUUGUUACCUGUAUAAAAUACACUUGUCCACAGAAGCAAUCAAUCAAUCAGAUUCCAAACUCUCCACCAUGGCCAAGACCAAAGAGCUCUCCAAGGAUGUCAGGGACAAGAUUGUAGACCUACACAAGGCUGGAAUGGGCUACAAGACCAUCGCCAAGCAGCUUGGUGAGAAGGUGACAACAGUUGGUGCGAUUAUUCGCAAAUGGAAGAAACACAAAAUAACUGUCAAUCUCCCUCGGCCUGGGGCUCCAUGUAAGGUCUCACCUCGUGGAGUUGCAAUGGUCAUAAGAACGGUAAGGAAUCAGCCCAGAACUACACGGGAGGAUCUUGUCAAUGAUCUUAAGGCAGCUGUGACCAUAGUCACCAAGAAAACAAUUGGUAACACACUACGCCAUGAAGGACUGAAAUCCUGCAGCGCCCGCAAGGUCCCCCUGCUCAAGAAAGCACAUAUACAUGCCCGUCUGAAGUUUGCCAAUGAACAUCUGAAUGAUUCAGAGGAGAACUGGGUGAAAGUGUUGUGGUCAGAUGAGACCAAAAUGGAGCUCUUUGGCAUCAACUCAACUCACCGUGUUUGGAAGAGGAGGAAUGCUGCCUAUGACCCCAAGAACACCAUCCCCACCGUCAAACAUGGAGGUGGAAACAUUAUACUUUGGGGGUGUUUUUCUGCUAAGGGGACAGGACAACUUCACCGCAUCAAAGGGACGAUGGACGGGGCCAUGUACCGUCAAAUCUUGGGUGAGAACCUCCUUCCCUCAGCCAGGGCAUUGAAAAUGGGUCGUGGAUGGGUAUUCCAGCAUGACAAUGACCCAAAACACACGGCCAAGGCAACAAAGGAGUGGCUCAAGAAGAAGCACAUUAAGGUCCUGGAGUGGCCUAGCCAGUCUACAGACCUUAAUCUCAUAGAAAAUCUGUGGAGGGAGCUGAAGGUUCGAGUUGCCAAACGUCAGCCUCGAAACCUUAAUGACUUGGAGAAGAUCUGCAAAGAGGAGUGGAACAAAAUCCCUCCUGAGAUGUGUGCAAACCUGGUGGCCAACUACAAGAAAUGUCUGACCUCUGUGAUUGCCAACAAGGGUUUUGCCACCAAGUACUAAGUCAUGUUUUGCAGAGGGGUCAAAUACUUAUUUCCCUCAUUAAAAUGCAAAUCAAUUUAUAACAUUUUUGACAUGCGUUUUUCUGGAUUUUGUUGUUGUUAUUCUGUCUCUCACUGUUCAAAUAAACCUACCAUUAAAAUUAUAGACUGAUCAUUUCUUUGUCAGUGGGCAAACGUACAAAAUCAGCAGGGGAUCAAAUACAUUUUUCCCUCACUGUACAUGCAGGCUUUACCUGGUGUAACCUCAAAAUGAUGGUGGCACACAUUUAAUGUGUCAUAACUUAACAUCAUUUCCUAGUAUAUUUUGUCCCCUAUCACCUUGAGCCUGUCCCAUGGCCUUGGUGGUCAGACGGUGGCCCUGCCUCUUGGCUCCAGUUCAGAUGUGGCUGUGACUGUGGAGGGGGUUAGUUAGACCCAUAUCUAAUGUACACUACAGGGGACCUCUGUGCUGUUGUAUUUUCUGUUGUUCAUUGGGCUUUUUCAUUAUAGGUGUGUGUGUGUGUGUGUGUUUAUGUGAGUGUGUGGUUGGGAGUUUGUGUGUGUGUGCGUACAUACUCUUGUGAAGAGGGGUUAGCUGGCUAACCGAGCCCAUCUGUACGGCAGAUCCCUGCUUCCUCUGUGCCACCCCCCUGCUCACCCCUAUCCCUCUUCCUGCCCCCUCCCCUCCCUGGCACGGCUUGGUGCAGCUUCACCACUGUGCCCUCAGCCUGUUGCUGUUGGCAGACUUGGCAUAAGCAACCACCAUGGUACUGUGGCACAGGACGGGAAUACCCUGUGAGAGGAGAGGAGGGGAGAGGAGGAGAGGAGAGAAGUGGGAAGAGAAGACGGGUGGGGAGAGAGGGGAGGGGAGGCUAGUUUUUAGAGCUCCAAAUGUAUCGCUACAUUCAGGUUUUAAAUGCCAAAGGUAUAGCUAAAUUAAUGUCAGGCUUCGACACAAUCCCAACCCUCCAUACUAGUACAUCUUGAUCCACACCUACAUUUUUCCGAGCUGCAACGUGAACUUAAUGCAGUGUCCCGGUAAGAUGGGAGGCCUCUAAACCUUAGUAGGGGGGGCCAGGUCUCCCCCACAUCUCUGGGCAGAUGGCACAUAGCAUAGCCGGGCUCUACAGACGCACCAGCACAGCCCGCUCCAUUAAACAGCAAUCAAGAGGCCCAGCGGCUCCCUGAGUCCCCUCACUGAGAAUAGGGCUAUCCCAAUGGGUUGGCCCCUCUGAUCUCACACACACACACACCCUCCUCAUCUGGGCUACUAUAUCUCUUUUGGUUCACUUCAUUAACAUAGAGAUAAUCUUUGUUGGGAAUUGUUGAAGUCACAAAUUGACUCCAUUAGCUUCUGAUGUCUUACACUAUAUGACCAAAAGUAUGUGGACACCUGCUCGUCCAACAUCUCAUUCUAAAAUCAUGGGCGUUAAUAUGGAGUUGAUCCCCCUUUUGCUGCUAUAACAGCCUCCACUCUUCUGGGAAGGAUUUCCACUAGAUGUUGGAACAUUGCUGCGGGGACUUGCUUCCUUUCAGCCACGAGCAUUAGUGAGGUCGGGCACUGAUGUUGGGCGAUUAGGCCUGGCUCGCAGUCGGUGUCCCAAAGGUGUUCGAUGGGUUUGAGGUCAGGGCUCUGUGCUUGCCAGUCAAGUUCUUCCACUCCGAUCUCGACAAACCAUUUCUGUAUGGACCUCGUUUUGUGCACGGGGGCAUUGUCAUGCUGAAACAGGAAAGGGCCUUCCCCAAACUGUUGCCACAAAGUUGAAAGUACAGAAUUGUCCAGAAUGUCAUUACUGUAUGCUCUUGCAUUAAGAUUUCCCUUCACUGGAACUAAGGGGCCUAGCCCGAACCAUGAAAAACAGCCCCAGACCAUUAUUCCUCCUCCACCAAACUUUACAGUUGGCACUAUGCAUUGGGGCAGGUAGCAUUCUCUUGGCAUCCGCCAAACCCAGAUUUGUCCAUCGGACUGCCAGAUGGCUCCAGAGAACGUGUUUCCACUGCUCCAGAGUCCAAUGGCGGCGAGCUUUACACCACUCCAGCCAACGCUUGGCAUUGCGCAUGGUGAUCCUAGGCUUGUGUGCGGCUGCUCGGCCAUGGAAACCCAUUUUAUGAAGCUCCCAACAAACAGUUAUUGUGCUGACGUUGCUUCCAAAACUCGGUAGUGAGUGUUGCAACCAAGGACAGACAGUGUUAUGGAGAUUGCAUGGCUGUGUGCUCGGUUUUAUGCACCUGUCAGCAAUGGGUGUGGCUGAAAUAGCCGAAUCCACUAAUUUGAAGGGGUGUCCACAUACUUUUGUAUAUGUAGUUUAUCUUCCCUUUGAAACUGUUGCACCAGCCAGCAGUUGGCUGUGUAUUUACUCUAAAUGAAUGGUGUGUGUGUGCACACUGCAGGUGAGUGUUUUUCUGUCUGCCUGUCUUAAGGGAAUUUCCUGUACAUGUGUAUGUAGUGACAUUGUGUGUUUGUGUCGCUGUACGUGCUACGUGUGUCUCUGUCUACAGGUAAACGGGGUGCAGCUGUAUGGCAAGUCGAGGCGCGAGGCAGUGGCAUUCCUUCGUGAGGUUCCCCCUCCCUUCACCCUCGUGUGCUGCAGACACCUGACAGAGGAGAACUCAGACAACCAGCCUGACCGGGACGAUGAGUGGUGCUCGCCCAGCCCCGCCGCUAGCCUCUCUGAGGUCAGGACACACACAUUCAGACAGGCACACACGUGCACAUACACACACAUAUGUAAGCACGCACACGCAUUUACACACACACACACAUACAUAUGAUAGCCUACUGCAUAUCCUCCUUCUAGAUUGAAGCCAAACUGUCCUCUUUAGUGACUAGUCAGGCCUACUGCCGAGACCCUACAGGUGACCAGCCUCAGGUAUGCUACUCUAUCAUUUCUCUGCAAAGUGCUGACACUUACUGGACAGCUAACUGUGUGUAAAGUAGCCGAUGACAGUGGCCAGGUGACAGUCAGUGUUGUUGAUUACUGCAGUACAACACAUAUCCGAUUUUAUCUGGUAAAGAUGUUCCGGAAGCUAAAAUAAUGGUGUCCUGUCUCCUUAUCACAACCGUGUGCCUCUUUCACCCACCAGGACCAAACCACCCUAAAGGAGGUGUCGGAGGAGGAGCAAGCGCCCACAUACCCCAGCCACCAGGAGGAGAAAGUGCAUGAGGAAAGAGAGGAGGAGGAGGAGGAGGAUGAAAAGGGAGAGAUGGCUCUGUGGUCCCCAGACAUCCAGUUGUUGGAGCUGGAGAAGGGAGAGCGAGGCCUUGGCUUCAGCAUCCUAGACUACCAGGUAGGGAGAGGGAGAGAGGCCUGGGCUUCUGCAUCCUAGACUACCAGGUAGAGAGAGAGAGAGAGAGAGAGAGCGACCUGUGCUUCAGCAUCCUAGACUACCAGAGAGAGAGACCUGGGCUUCAGCAUCCUAGACUACCAGGUAGAGAGAGAGAGACCUGGGCUUCAGCAUCCUAGACUACCAGGUAGAGAGAGAGAGACCUGUGCUUCAGCAUCCUAGACUACCAGGUAGAGAGAGAGGCUCCACCCCUCACUCACCUGUCUUGUCUACUCUUUCUGCCUCUUCUUCUCCUUCUCAUCCCCUUCGCUCUCUUUCAUUCCUGUUAGGGUUGGCGUUAUCCACAUUUUCAUAUCGUCAUACCGUCCUUCUCUCAUACCGGGAUUUACGGUAUUACUGGCUUAGUACACAAGGGGGCGCCCAAAAAUGCCCAAAGCCCAUCGGGCGUCUAUUACCAAGAAUGCUAACAAAAUUAGCACAGGUAAUUGCGAAUUUCCAUUGAGGUUGCUAGCUAAAUAUGCUAACAAGCUCAAACAAAUAUUUUUUUUUUUUUUUUGCAAAGACAGGCAGUCCAGCUCAUGAAGUUAUACUUAUAUAGGUAGGAGCUACCGAAUGUCAUUUUUGGUGAGUUUGGAUAUUUACAAGCGAAUGUGAACGAGAGACAUUGUGCAAAUCAACAGUAGUGGCUCUGGAGCAGCAUGUGGUCACGCUGUGUCUGUGUGGAGUCUGGAGUCGCUAGGGCAACAGGCCUGCCUGCUCUGCUCGAAGAGGAUGGGGGAGGAGCAGACGGCCGAGAACGGAGAGGAGAAAAAAUGCAAGGAAGUCUAAAGAUAAGUGGCAGCUGUACAGAAUACUCAUCCAAAGGGCUUUGACUUCUCAAACACGGCAGAAAGCCAACCCAAUAUGAUACCCCAUCACCUUAUUAAUUCAGCCACUUACUUAGAUAACUAGCAAGUUAAACUUAGGGGUCGCGUUAACGCAGAAUUCUUUGGGGUUUUUUAACACAGGAAAAAAAGAUCAAACUCAUAAGAAAUAUCGUUUUGUAAAUGCCGAUCUAAAAUGCUUCUUAUUGUAAUUUCAGCUCGGCAUCAGACUAAUUUUGUGCUUCAGUUGCACUUCUCCACUCGGAUGAGAAUUCACGAACGGGGCAGUCAGUGCUCUGACUGAUGUGGAGCUACUUUUCUCCAGUACUUCACUCAGUGUAGCCAGCCUAGUCUUCUCCGGUAACAUGCAAGACUAACUUUAAGAAAAACAUUAGGAAAUGUAGCUGCCUACAUUCUUUCUAUGCAAAGAAGACCUUGCUUUUUCAUUGGAAGCUCAUUUAGCUUUCUUCUGUGGCUGCCAGCCAAAUAGUGUUGCACUUCUGUUGUCAUCUGAUGAAAAUGAAGCCAUUUUCUGCUGAAUGUGUUGCAGUAAUGUAUUUUUUUGUGAAGGAAAACUAUAGUUGCAUGUCCUGAUCACACUAUUGAAGCAGAACAACACUGUUAACUUUCAGUAUAAAACGCGACCCCUGUCAAUACACAGCUGGACUCCCCUGCUCCCACUUGCUAUUUACAAACAAACGUGACGGGCUCAACUGUUCUAGGGAACUACGGUAAGCUUCAUAAUGUAAAAUAAUGUGACGGGUGAAAUGAAGAACACAAUCUGCUUUACCUUCUAACAUAUUGCUCAAGUUGACUGCAGGUAUUUACUUAACAAGUAGCUACAAAUAUUAAAAUGUAUAGAAAAACGUAAAAGAAGUAGUUUCAACUGUAUUGACGGUAUUGAAAAAUCAUCCCGUGGGUAUUUCCAAAUACCCCGGUAUGCGGUAUAUACGGUAUACCGCCCAAGCCUACUUCCUGUUUCUGCACUCUCUCUCUCUCUCUCUCUCUCUCCCCCCCCCCCCUCGCUUCCUCUUCCUCACCCCUUUCCUCCUCUAAUUCGGGGAGGAAUAUUAACUGGAGGAGGGAGAACGUGUGAGCUUGAUCCCCAUACCAACAGCAGUGACCCUUGCAAAGGGCCAGGCGGUUUUACCAGGAAAUUCUGGGAAAAUAAACAAAGAAAUUGAUAAAUGAUGGAGCUUAGGGUGAGGAGGGGUAGAAGGGUGGGGUAGAAGGCGGAGGGGGGAGAGUUCUCAAGGGGACUGUUUGAGUUCUAUAUGUGGCCAAAGUGGGCUGUCGAGGGAGUGGGCUAAAGCAGACUAAAGCCUGGUUCAUGUUCAUAACAGCAAAAGGUGAAACGGAAAAGGAAUGUGUUUUAUUGUCGUCCCUCCCUAUAUUAGUCUAUUUUCUUUCUCAUUUUGGUGCCUAUUGAACACGACCCCGACCAAAGCCUUCCAUCUCGGCUGGUUCUCUUCAGGGAUGGGGGGAUGCAAAAGGAGGAGAGAAAAAUAAGCUGAUGAAAUCUUGCUUGUCUUUUCUCCUGUAGUCUGAUCGGAAAAGUAAACGUGCACGGCUGUGUCACAAGUCAUCGGGUAAGGGACAACAAAAGGAAUCAGUCUGUAUUUGGGCUUGGCAAGGGGCCGCAGUGUUACCUGGAGCUGGGCCAAACCUCAAACAUCACACACGUCAGACACAGGCACCCAGCUCCAUAUCGGUUCUCUGUGACUGGAAAACACAAGAACGACAGUGCCGUGAAAAAGUAUUUGCCCCCUUUUUGAUUUUCUCUAUUUUUGUAAAUUUUUUAUACUGAAUGUUAUCAGAUCUUCAACGAAAACCUAAUAUUAGAUAAAGGUAACCUGAGUUUACAAAAAACAAAAAAACAUAUACUUAUUUUAUUUAUUUAAUUAACAAAGUUUGCAACACCCAAUUCCCCUUUGUGGAAAAAGUAAUUGCCCCCUUACACUUAUUGACUGGUUGUGCCACGUUUAGCUGCAAUGACUGCAACCAAAUGCUUCCUGUAGUUGUUGAUCAGUCUCUCACAUGGCUGUGGAAGAAUUUUGGCCCACUCUUGCAUGCAGAACUGCUGUUCAUGCAUGAGCUGCUCGUUUCAAGUGCUGCCACAUCUCAAUUGGGAUUAGGUCUGGACUUCACAUUUGUUGCUUUUUAACCAUUUUCCUGUAGACUUGAUUGUAUGUUUUGGAUCAUUGUCUUGCUGCAUGACCCAGCUGCGCUUCAGAUUCAGAUCACAGACUGAUGGCCUGACAUUCUCCUGUAGAAUUCUCUGAUACAGAGAAGAAUUCAUGGUUUCUUCUAUUAAGGCAAGUCUUCCAGGUCCUGAGGCAGCAAAGCAUCUCCAAACCAUCACACUCCCACCACCAUGCUUGUAUGGACAGAUGAGUCAAAAGUAUAACUUUUUGGAUGACAUGGGUCCCAUUAUGCCUGGCAAAAACAAAACACUGUAUUCCACAGUAAGAACCUUAUACCACCGGUCAAGCAUGGUGGUGGUGGUAGUGUGAUGGUUUGGGGAUGCUUUGCUGCCUCAGGACCUGGAUGACUUGCCUUAAUAGAAGGAAACAUGAAUUCUGCUCUAUAUCAGAGAAUUCUACAUAUACAGUGGGGGAAAAAAGUAUUUAGUCAGCCACCAAUUGUGCAAGUUCUCCCACUUAAAAAGAUGAGAGAGGCCUGUAAUUUUCAUCAUAGGUACACGUCAACUAUGACAGACAAAUUGAGAUUUUUUUUCUCCAGAAAAUCACAUUGUAGGAUUUUUAAUGAAUUUAUUUGCAAAUUAUGGUGGAAAAUAAGUAUUUGGUCACCUACAAACAAGCAAGAUUUCUGGCUCUCACAGACCUGUAACUUCUUCUUUAAGAGGCUCCUCUGUCCUCCACUCGUUACAUGUAUUAAUGGCACCUGUUUGAACUUGUUAUCAUUAUAAAAGACACUUGUCCACAACCUCAAACAGUCACACUCCAAACUCCACUAUGGCCAAGACCAAAGAGCUGUCAAAGGACACCAGAAACAAAAUUGUAGACCUGCACCAGGCUGGGAAGACUGAAUCUGCAAUAGGUAAGCAGCUUGGUUUGAAGAAAUCAACUGUGGGAGCAAUUUAUUAGGAAAUGGAAGACAUACAAGACCACUGAUAAUCUCCCUCGAUCUGGGGCUCCACGCAAGAUCUCACCCCGUGGGGUCAAAAUGAUCACAAGAACGGUGAGCAAAAAUCCCAGAACCACACGGGGGGACCUAGUGAAUGACCUGCAGAGAGCUGGGACCAAAGUAACAAAGCCUACCAUCAGUAACACACUACGCCGCCAGGAACUCAAAUCCUGCAGUGCCAGACGUGUCCCCCUGCUUAAGCCAAUGUCCAGGCCCGUCUGAAGUUUGCUAGAGUGCAUUUGGAUGAUCCAGAAGAGGAUUGGGAGAAUGUCAUAUGGUCAGAUGAAACCAAAAUAGAACUUUUUGGUAAAAACUCAACUCGUCGUGUUUGGAGGACAAAGAAUGCUGAGUUGCAUCCAAAGAACACCAUACCUACUGUGAAGCAUGGGGGUGGAAACAUCAUGCUUUGGGGCUGUUUUUCUGCAAAGGGACCAGGACGACUGAUCCGUGUAAAGGAAAGAAUGAAUGGGGCCAUGUAUCGUGAGAUUUUGAGUGAAAACCUCCUUCCAUCAGCAAGGCCAUUGAAGAUGAAACGUGGCUGGGUCUUUCAGCAUGACAAUGAUCCCAAACACACCACCCGGGCAACGAAGGAGUGGCUUCGUAAGAAUCAUUUCAAGGUCCUGGAGUGGCCUAGCCAGUCUCCAGAUCUCAACCCCAUAGAAAAUCUUUGGAGGGAGUUGAAAGUCCGUGUUGCCCAGCGACAGCCCCAAAACAUCACUGCUCUAGAGGAGAUCUGCAUGGAGGAAUGGGCCAAAAUACCAGCAACAGUGUGUGAAAGCCUUGUGAAGACUUACAGAAAACGUUUGACCUGUGUCAUUGCCAACAAAGGGUAUAUAACAAAGUAUUGAGAAACUUUUGUUAUUGACCAAAUACUUAUUUUCCACCAUAAUUUGCAAAUAAAUUCAUAAAAAAUCCUACAAUGUGAUUUUCUGGAUUUUUUUCCUCAUUUUGUCUGUCAUAGUUGACGUGUACCUAUGAUGAAAAUUACAGGCCUCUCUCAUCUUUUUAAGUGGGAGAACUUGCACAAUUGGUGGCUGACUAAAUACUUUUUUUCCCCACUGUAAUGUAUAUGUAUAAUGAGGCCCUAAUCACAUUCAAUAUGAACUCCACAGCAUAAAUCACUGGUGAGCAGCUUUUUAAAUGAUCGAUAGGGUAGACCUAGGGCACUGUUCAAUCAAAAUCUGAUAACCAGGUGUCCUGGAUAACUAAAAGCGUUUCAAUAUAAUGUUAUAAUAAAAUUCACCUGCUAACAAUCCAAACGGAGACUUCAUGUUGGACGCCAUUGGCAGCAGAAAGGAUGCAUCUGUAACCCUUAUUUCUUAGUGUUAAAAUAAAAGUCAGAACGAAAGUAAGGCUACACAUCACCCCUUCAUAACUUUUUCCAAGGGUCCAGUAAAUGACUGAAAUGUAACAACGCUGCUCCAAGUCUGAAACGGGCCAAAUCGAACACAAAGAUCCCAUUUUAAUGACACCACAAACUGUACGUCUUCUUCGUCUGGGGAGCUAGCUAGUAUGCUUUAUAGCAGUAACGGGAGCAGCAAACCCUUCUAUACUGUCUGUCCGUUCACAUCAGGAAGGAGUGAAGUCAGAAAGAACGGAGUCGAACGGAGUCAAACGGAGUCACUCACAAAUGAACUGAAGGAAGAAUCCAUAGGACUACAGUGCCUACAGAAAGUAGUCAUGCAUCUUUACUUAUUUCACAUUUUGUUGUUACAACCUGAAUUCAAAAUGGAUUAACAUUUUUCUCAACCAUCUACAAUACCUCAUAAUGACAUUGAAAACAUGUUUUUAGAAAUAUCUGAUUUACAUAAGCAUUCACACCCCUGAGUCAAUACAUGUUAGAAUCACCUUUGGCAGUGAUUACAGCUGUUAGUUUUUCUGGGUUAGUCUCUAAGAGCUUUGCACACCUGGAUUGUACAAUAUUUGCACUUUUUUUUUUUUUUAAGAUUAAAAAAAAAAAAGCUCUGUCAAGUUGGUUGUUGAUCAUUCCUAGACAGCCAUUUUCAAGUCUUGCCAUAGAUUUUCAAGCCGAUAUAAGUCAAAACUGUAACUAGGCUCUCAGGAACAUUCGAUGUCAUCUUGGUAAGCAAUUUAUUUUUACCCAUCUACCAAUAGGUACUCUUUGCGAGGCAAUGGAAAACCUCCCUGGUCUUUGUGGUUGAAUCUGUGUUUUGAAAUUCAUUGCUCGACUGAGGGACCUUACAGACAAUUGUAUGUGUGGGGUACAGAGAUGAUGUAGUCAUAUUAAAAUAAUAUUAAACACUAUUAUUGCACACAGAGUGAGUCCAUGUGAGUUGUUAUGCACAUUUUUACUCCUGAACUUAUUUAGGCUUGCAAUAACAAAGGGAUUGAAUACUUAUUGACUCAAGACAAUUUUGAUUUUGUGUUAAUAAUAUAUAUUUGUAAUCAAUUUUGACAUUCUGGGGUAUUGUGUGUAGGCCAGUGACAAAAAAACCCUCAAUUUAAUCAAUUUUAAAUUCAGGCUGUAAAACAAAAUGUGGAAAAAGUCAACUGGUGUGAAUCCUUUCUGAAGGCACUGUAUAUAGUAUAUGACCUGAGGACGUGACCCAGUCUCGUAGUGUGAGUGAAGUCAUAAAGAACAGAGUCGCAGCUCAGAAAUGGUCCGCAGCUCAGAAGUGGUCCUCUGUAGCUCAGCUGGUUGAGCACGGCGCUUGUAACGCCAAGGUAGUGGGUUCGAUCCCCGGGACCACCCAUACACAAAAAAAAUGUAUGCACGCAUGACUGUAAGUCGCUUUGGAUAAAAGCGUCUGCUAAAUGGCAUAUUAUUAUUAUUAUAAAUGAACUGAAGGAAGAAUCUAUAUGACUAUUUAUGAUUAUACAGUAUAACCCAGUAUUUAUGAGUAGAUAAGUAUGUGACAUGUAUGUGAGCAUAUGGCCUAGUCUUUGGCAUCGCUAUGUGCCUCAUCGUUGUGGUUGUGAUUGUCUAGUUCUUUUUCCCUGUAAACACAAAACAACUGAAAUACACAGCAUUGAAGAAAUAGGACAUUCAAAUUAUUAUUCAUAUUGUCCAAUUCCUUUCAUUUGUAGAGAGCUUUGAACAGAUAAGACAAGACAUACAAAAUUAGAUGAGAUGGAUUCAAGGAAGAUGGGAAAGACUGUUGUGAACAAGUCAGGGAAAUGCAGAGCCUUUAUAUGAAGGGUUUAAUGGAUUGUUUGUGAAUGUGUUAUAGGGCCCCUUGUGUUUCAGAGUAACUGUAUCCUAGGGCCUUGAAUCGUUAAAUAUAGGCAUAGCUUCACCUCUAAGACCUCUAUUUCUACUCUCCUCCCUCAAGUGUACAAAAAGAUUUUAACCUACUAGAGAAAACAAACAAUCUUAUGUAUAAAUCAUAUAUUCCUGUCCUCCCCCUAUCCUCCUCUGUCCUCUAUCCCAUAGUCCCCUUCCUCUACCUCCUAUGUCUCUCCUCCUCUCCGUAAUCUCUCUCUCCUCCUAUCCCCGUCCCUCUCACCUCUCCUCCUCCGACACCUCUCUCCCUAUCCUCGUACCCUCUCACGCUCUCUUCCACGUCCCCCUCCCUCCUCUCCUCCUCCACCCCUUCCUCCUCUGUCUCUCUCGCCCUACUCUCUCUCUUGUCCCCCUCUUUCCUCUCCUCUCACCCCCUCUCCCUCCUCUCCUCCUCCGUCCCUCUCUCCUCUCCUCCAUUCCUCUCUCCCUCGUAAUGGAAGUUACCCAUCACUGCAUAUUAAUAUAAAGAAUGAGGUGUUUAGUUUACACAAUAAUUCAUAUAAAUGAGAUGGAGGUGAUGACAACAUUAACAUAAGUUAUACCAUAGCAGCACUACAUAGUUGAAGUGUCUGUCUUGCCUUAUCAAUCUCUCUCUCUCUCUCUCUCUCUCUCUCUCUCUCUCUCUCUCUCUCUUCUAAUCCGUCUCUCACUGCAAGCCGAGGCAGGCUGCCCUGGGCGAGAGGGUGAAUUGA